GACCGCCUUCCCGCCGCCCGGCGGAGACCCUCCACCCACUCCGCGGCCGAGGGCUGCAACUCGACGGGCAUGACGCGCUCCCCUGCACGCCCACCCCGCGCGCCCCCGUGCGCCCUGGCGUCUGGUCACCCCCCCUCUUCCGCGUUCGACUGCCCUUCAUCCACCUGGGUUCAGUUCCAAGACAGUUGUUACAUUUUUCUUCAAGAAGCCAUCAAAGUAGAAAGCAUAGAGGAUGUCAGAAAUCAGUGUACUGACCAUGGAGCAGACAUGAUAAGCAUACAUAAUGAAGAAGAAAAUGCUUUUAUACUGGAUACUUUGCAAAAGCAAUGGAAAGGCCCAGAUGAUAUCCUAUUAGGCAUGUUUUUUGACACAGAUGAUGACAGUUUCAAGUGGUUUGACAAGUCAAAUAUGACAUUCGUUAAGUGGUCAGACCAAGAAGAUGGCGAGGAUCUAGUUGACACCUGUGCCUUUUUGCACACCAAGACAGGUGAUUGGAAAAAAGGAAAUUGUGAAGUUUCUUCUGUGGAAGGAACCCUUUGUAAAGCAGCUAUCCCAUAUGAAAAGAAAUAUUUAUCAGAUAACCACAUUUUAAUAUCAGCUUUGGUGAUUGCUAGCACAGUAAUUUUGACAGUUUUGGGAGCAGUCGUUUGGUUCCUGUACAAAAGAAGUUUGGAUUCUGGUUUCACCACAGUUUUUUCAGCUGCACCCCAAUCACCUUAUAAUGAUGACUGUGUUUUAGUAGUUGCAGAGGAAAACGAAUAUGAUGUUCAAUUAGACUAAGGUUUUGGAAAUCUCAGAUUAAGACAUCAAAUACCUUGACAGUGAUUCCUAUGCAAGAUUUUAAUAUAAAGCCUAACAAUGAAAAUCAUGGUUUUUAUGAUGUAUUACCUAAUUCCAGUAACAUUCACUAUUCUCAUGUAAUCAGACUGUGACAAAAAUUAAUCUUUAGGAUUAUAAGAACAAAGUUUUUAAAAAAGAAAUAAUCUUAGAUAUAAUUUAAUGGUUUUAACCACCUCUCCAAAUGCACCUUUCACUUGAAUGAAGGAAAGCUUAAAGCCCAAGUAUUAAUAGUAAAUCAGGUAAAAAAAACCCAAACAAACCCAGUCUACUUGUUUUACCUCCUCCAUCUUCCCUCCCAGAGUUGAACCACCUUAGUUUAUAGUUGAAUUUAAAAAAAAGAAAAAUUCUACUUAUCACUAUAAUUUUAGCAAUCACUAGGUCUUUAGUAAUUUCUAUGGUCUUGCUCCUUUAUCAAUAAGGUAUGGAGACUAAACCUGACCUUAAAAUAGAUUCUCUACAUUUAGAUAUCACUUAUGCUGGUUACUCUGAUAAUUCCUCUAAUAUUUCCAUCUUCAUGAUUUACAAGUAGAAAAUUUUACAGAUUUUUAACACCCCAUAUGCCACAUAAUUAUACAGUUUCAGUACUUUUAGAACACUGUUUUGGACCACAAACAAACAGUAUUUAGCACUGAUCGUAAAUGGUCAGAAUUUCAGUAAGAGAGUUAAUAAAUUUUGUGAAACAAAAAAAAUUACAGCCAUACCAGGAAGGUGUGGAGGAGGCUGGCAUUGCGGGUAACUCUUGGGUCACAGUGUCCUUCAAGGAUUUUUUUCUCCUACCACCAUAUCUGUUCCUAUAUAUCUCAUGCUCCCCAAGCCUUGAUGAAGUUUAUCAUUGACAUGAAACCUGUGUAAGCAAUAACUGCAGAGAAAAACUAAAUACUACUGUAGUGAUCAUGUUCAAAGUUUUCAGUAUGUGUAUUGUACAUUUUAAGACAAUGGUGAAAUAAUCAUUUGGGGGGUAAAAAAUGAAAAUGGAAGAAAGCUGAAACAAGAAUUUCUUUAGCAACUUAAAAACACAGUAUUAGAAAAGAUAAUGUAUGUACUUCACAUAACAUUGUAUUUACUAUACGUAGAAACUUGAAAGUGCGAGGAAAGUAAUCUUUCUCCCUAAUGCAUAUCCCAUCAAUCAUCUUAUGGGAAUACUUUUCAUAUGGAUAGAGACACUAUCUCUCAAGGUUGACCAGUGGCAACGAAGUCCUAGCUUGCGCCAUCUGUUUCCACUGGCCACCAUGAAUCAAACAUCCCUCGUCACAAUUAAUGGCAGUUUUCUUAAUGAGACAUGAAUAACUGCAAAGUGAAUAAUGUGACUAUGUGGUACUAAAAACCAAAUUUUAUACUAGGUGUUAUUACAAAACAAUUAUGCUCUGUAAAAGUUUUGAGAUUUUGUGUAUUGAGAUGUCUAUUUUAUUACUGAUAGAGUAUUAAUAGUGCUGCUAAUCGUGAACAUUAGACUGGAAUUCCUUACUGCUUUUGCUACUCAAAUUCUACCACUCCGUUAAGAACUGAGGCCAGCCAUCUGUUCCUUAAAGCUUUGUAACUAUCAAUCACAGAUCUUUACAGUAUCUAAUACAGUAGCCACUAGCCACAUGUGGCUAUUUAAAUAAAGCUCAUUUCUUCAAUUGCACUAGCCAUAUUUCAAAUGCUCAGAUCACAUGCAGUUAGGAGCUACCACGAUGGGCAAUGCAAAUUGUAGAACAUUUCCAUUAUCAUAGAAAGUUUCAGUGGACAGUGCUGCUCUAGAGUCUCCCCUUCCACUUCUACGUAACUUUCUUCAGUUCAUUUCAAUAACUUCAACCUAAUAAUGACAGCUCUACCAAAAUGGCUGUUUUAACUGAUUUAAUUUUCCAUGUUUGAUUUUAUUUUCAAACAAGUCCUUAAAGACCCCAGUAAUGCAGCGCUAAAUCUUAAGUCUCCUUAUAUAUCUGAACAUCUGUAAUAGGCCCUUGUAUCUAUUUGGUGGUCAACAGAUAACUGAAUCAUUCAAGUCUGUAUUUAUUUUUAAUAUUAACAGUAACAUUAGCAUGCCUGUUUACAUUCAGAAUGUAUAAACUGCCUUCUUCAAACAGCUUGGUUCUAUCCAAUAAUGACAAUGUAAUUCUUAUGUUUGGCAACUAUUACUACUAUCAUUACUUUUAGCUACCAUUUACUUUUUUUUUUUUUGGUACGCGGGCCUCUCACUGUUGUGGCCUCUCCCGUUGCGAAGCACAGGCUCCGGACGCGCAGGCUCAGCGGCCAUGGCUCACGGGCGUAGCCGCUCCGCAGCAUGUGGGAUCCUCCCAGACCGGGGCACGAACCCGUGUCCCCUGCAUCGGCAGGCGGACUCUCAACCACUGCACCACCAGGGAAGCCCCUACCAUUUACUUUUAACUACAUUUUCUUAGGAAUUUGCAAUCUUAAAUUCUUAGGAAUUUGAGUAGUGUAUGGUCUCUAUUUUGUUCAGAAUUUAAAAGUGAUACCAAUGAAAGAUUUUCCUUAUUCCCUCUAAUUCACAUUUACAGGACAUAAGAAGCUAAUACAAUACUGAAAUACUAAGUGGUACAAAGGAACUACAAGAAUACUAUAAAGCUCAAGCCACUGUCUCUAUCUCUGUCAUUUAGCAGUUAAUAUAGCAAAACCAUAAAUAAAUUGUAUGCACACCAAUGGAAUGUUUUCUAUCAUUUACUUAAAAUUUUUAAAUAAAUUUUGUGGGUUAAGACACUAUAUUUUCAUGCUGAGUUCUAUUAAAAGCAUAAAUGUUUCAAAUUCAAAGCAUCCCUAAAGACCUGUAGAAUAGAUAUGGAUACUGGCAUCCUUAAAUUUUGCAUAUCUGCUUUAAGGAAGGCAACGCAAAG